AUGGACGUGCAGCCAACCCCGCGCCGUCACAACCCAUCGCGCACUCCCGCAGCCGCGCGAGACUCAUACAUGACCUCCGCCGCGGGUCGCUCCUCUCCGAAACACCACCCUACAGAGCACAUGCCACCACCGCCACCACCUUUGCAGAGCCGCGCCGCCAACGAGUCAUGGGACCCACAGCCCACGGUCGAGUGGAACACACCGCAGUCGUCGCCCACCAAGGGCAGCACCGCACACCUCGUCGAGCUCUUUGACAAGCAGAUACAGCUCGCGCCCAGUCCCUCGCCGCGGCCGAGGCCCACACCUUCUAAGAGAACACUGAGAACCCCGGUUUCCGACGAUGGCGACACGAGCGUGGUUCGGAUGGAUGAGAACUCGAAGGCCCCCAGGAGGACGCCGAAGGAGAGCGCCGUCUUGGCGGCGGCCGCCAGGGACGCGAAGAAGAGUACCGGCCCCGCGUCGAGGGGUUACGCUAGUGGUAGGACAAGGCAGUACGAUCCGUUCAAGGAUAUGUCCCUGGAGGACCUCGAGAAGCUGUCGAAGCCGUCGGUCAAGAGGUUGAAGGAUGUUGCACACUUGUACUUCUACGACUACUACUACAACCUCGUUACGUACGUUCACACGCGGCAAAGCAGGACCGACCAGUGGAAAGUGCAGCAGCAGGGCCGGCCCGCCGAGGACCAACCGCAGCAGUGGAGACGGUUUUGCGGCCGGGAACGAGCUGCGUUGAGGAAGCGUCGGACCAGGCUACGAAAAGGUGACUUCCAGCUGCUCACACAGGUCGGCCAAGGUGGUUAUGGACAGGUGUACCUGGCAGAACACAAGGAUACCAAGGAAGUCUGCGCUCUUAAGGUCAUGAGCAAGAAGCUGCUGUUCAAGCUCGACGAGAUCCGACACGUCUUGACGGAGAGGGAUAUCUUGACUGCUGCCAAGAGCGACUGGCUGGUGAAGCUGUUGUACGCGUUUCAGGAUGAGGAGAGCAUCUACCUUGCUAUGGAGUACGUUCCCGGAGGUGAUUUCCGUACGUUGCUCAACAACACUGGUGUGCUGCAUUUCAACCAUGCGCGAUUCUACAUCUCGGAAAUGUUCACGUCCGUGAAUGCCUUGCAUGAGCUUGGCUACAUCCACCGUGACUUGAAGCCGGAAAAUUUCCUGAUUGACUCUUCCGGUCACAUCAAGCUCACCGAUUUCGGACUCAGUGCUGGAAAGCUUGCGCCGGAACGUAUGGAGAGCAUGAAGAUGAAGCUGGAGCAGGUCAAGGACAUGAACAUUCCCGAGCGUUCGACCAUGGAGAAGAGGAAUGCAUACCGUACUUUGCGGGAGAGCGACGAGAACUAUGCGAAAUCUGUGGUUGGAUCGCCAGAUUACAUGGCUCCGGAGGUCCUGCGUGGAGAGUCAUACGAUUUCACCGUCGACUACUGGUCCUUAGGAUGUAUGCUGUACGAGGCCUUGGCCGGUUAUCCGCCCUUCGCGGGUGCCACCGUCGAGGAGACCUGGCACAACCUCAAGCAUUGGCGCAAGGUCUUGCACAAGCCGGAAUACGAGAAUCCCAACUACUUUCUCUCCAAGAGGACCUGGGACUUCAUCAUCAGACUGGUCGCUGGCCGAAAUGCUCGAUUCGCGGACUUUAAGACCGUCCGCAGCCACGAGUACUUUGCCGAGAUUGACUGGAACAACCUUCGCGCCAAGGAUCCGCCGUUCGUCCCAGAGUUGGACAGCGAGACCGAUGCGGGAUACUUUGAUGACUUCAGUAACGAGGCCGACAUGGCAAAGUACAAGGAGGUUCACGACAAGCAGGCGGUGUUGGAAGGGAUGGCGGACAGAGGCGAUAAGAUGAAGAAGUCUGCGUUCUUGGGAUUCACUUUCAAACGUAGGAUACCAGGCAAUCUCAACGACCUCGCCAACAUGAGGCAGAGUCUCGGCGACGGACAGUUUGGAACCAUUUUCUAA